CAAUACAUGGAUUUUGUUAAAAAAAAUUCGUGUCACCAAUUACUAAAAAAACAAGUAAUUGAAUGGAAUAAUUACUGGAUAAAGUGCAUUAAAAUUGCAUAAUCUCCGAAUAAUCCAAAUCGGUUCUAUUCUUAAAUUCUGCAAAAUUUAACGACAUGAAAACGAUUAGAAUAAAAACCUAAUUUCUAGUGCAAAUCGAGUGAUCGUACUUGCUUGAUAUUUCAAUAAGAUGUCAGAAGCAGAGUGUCCAUCCAGUACUGAAAUCGACGUAAUAAUACCAGAACAGGCAUUUCUGUAUGAAACAGAAACCCUCGAGUACAUCCUGUGCAAACCAAAAUUACUUCCACUGAAGUCAGUGUCACUUGAGAAAUUGGAGAAAAUGCAAAAAGAGGCCAAUGAGAAGAUAAAAGCUAACCGUGAAAUAGACCAGAGCACUGAGAGCAGAGACAAACCGUGUACCGACAAUGCAUGGAGAAAAAUCUUGUGGUAAAUUCGUCGAAUCAAAUUCUUGAAUCAAAUGGUACUGUUCCCUCG